AUGAUUUCUCCUCCCAUUUGCCGAGGACUGACCACUCUCGAACGAAAACUCUUUCAUAAAUCAUUAGAAGUCGUCGGUAUACGCGUUCCCGUAAACUCAAUAGCAACAUUUCUAAAAGUGCUAAAUAACGAUCUGCUUAACCAACCAAAGUUGAGAAACGUUAUAGAAGAUCCAACAUCAAAAUCAACAAAAAUCAUUUUAUUAAAGACAGAUGUAGAGAGUUUAGAUCUUGAUCAUCUGUCACAAGAAAAUAAAGAAUUUGUCAAAAAGGAAGCUGUUGGAAUUGUCAAGCAUACUCUCGAACUAAAUUAUGAUUAUUGGGGUGUAGAUGAAAUAUUGAAAGCAAUUCUCCCCGAAGGAGAUGAAAUGCCAUCGUCAUUUACACAAGUUGGGCAUAUAGCCCAUAUGAACUUACGUGUCGAAUGGCUUCCAUGGAAACACAUAAUUGGUCAAGUGAUUCUUGAUAAAAUUCCGACUAUCAAGACCGUGGUCAAUAAAAUUGAUAUAAUCGAUAGCACGUUUCGCAACUUUCGUAUGGAGAUACUGGCCGGUGAAGACAAUAUGAUCACAGAAGUUAAAGAGGGUAAUUGUAGAUAUCGACUUGAUUUCUCUAAAGUAUACUGGAAUUCACGUUUACAUACAGAACACGAUAGAUUGGUGAAGAUGUUUAAAAAGGAUGAAUACAUCUGCGAUGUGUUUGCUGGUGUGGGCCCAUUUGCGAUAGCAGCAGCCAAAAAGGGAUGCAUUGUUUAUGCAAACGAUCUCAACCCGGCUUCAUAUAAAUAUUUGCAAGAGAAUGUUAUACUCAAUAAGGUGCAAGGCAAGCUCAAAGCAUACAAUCUCGACGGUCGUAAUUUCAUUGAAACGGCCGUACAUGAUGUAGAUGCGGCUUUGAAUUCACAGUCCAAUACAACCAGCUCAUCAUCUCCUGCUGAGGGCCAAACUGUAUUCAGAACUUUUAAACAUUUCGUGAUGAACCUUCCAGCAACAGCUAUCGAGUUUGUUGAUGCAUUCAAGGGACUCUACAAAGACAAAGAAGCGCUUAUUACCAAUCCGGAUGAUCAAUUACCAACGAUACAUUGUCACUGUUUCUCUAAGAGCGAAGAACCAGAAAAGGAUAUAGUACAGCGGGUGGUUACUGUACUUGGCUAUCCUCUUCAACCAGGAUAUAAAAUUCAUUUUGUAAGGAAAGUCGCACCAAAUAAAGACAUGUUCUGUAUAAGUUUCAAGUUAGAUACCAAUGUUGCUUUUGGAAGUGCAAAGAGGAAAAUAGACGGCUCAGAUGUUGCACUUCAAAAUGAUGAAUUUGACGAUAAUAAAGUCGACGGAAUCGCAAAGAAAAUCAAAGUGGACAUUGAAUAA